AUGGCAGGAGAUUACUACUUACCACAAGAGUGUUGGGAGUGUGUCAUCAGAUUCCUCAACACUGAUGACGACGACCGCAAUUUGGAGCCUCUUUCGCUUGUUUCCAAACAGUUGUUCUCCAUCAUCAACCGUGUCCGAAUCUCUCUCACCUUCUAUAAGCAGAACAUCACCAUCUCCAAUGACCGUGGCCUCCGAUUCUCUUGCUCCCUCCCUGAUACAAUCCUUUGUCGCCUCUUCCAAAGGUUCACCAACCUCACCUCCCUCAACUUCACUUAUUUCCGCGGUGACCUCAACAAGGUUCUCCUUCAAAUCUCUUUUUUCCCUUUAAACCUCAAAUCAUUAAACCUCUCUAACCACUCCACCAUUCCCCAAAAUGGGUUGCGAGCUUUGUCGCAAAAGAUUACAACAGUGACCUCUCUCACUUGUUCCCACAUUAUUUUUAUACAUAAAUAUGACUUUUAUAUCAUUGUUGAUUGUUAUCCUUUUCUUGAAGAACUCGACCUCAGCUUUCCAAAACAUAUUGAUAAAAAUACUAAUAUAUUGCCAUCAGAACUUCCCAAGCUUCGGAAAGUUAAUCUCUCAGGUGAUUACUACAUCGACGACUCGUUCCUUUUCAAUCUCUGCAAGAAUUGUAAGUUUCUUGAAGAGGUUACUGUGCUUGAUAGCAAAAACUUAACUCAUGCUGGCAUUGAUUCCGCGAUCCGCGAGAGACCUAAUUUGAAGUCUUUAUCCAUUUCUUUCUCUAAGAAUGUGGGAAGGAUGUAUGUUAAGUCAGAGUUGAUUAAUUCUCUAAAGUGUUUGAAGGGUUUGACUUGUCUUAAUUUGUCUUUUUCGUGUAUAUCCGAUAAAAUGUUGUCAUCUCUUGCAGAAAAAGGCCUUCCUUUAAAGAAACUAGUACUCAAACAUUGUAGUGACUAUAGUUAUGCUGGAAUAUUUUGCCUGUUAUCAAAGUAUCAAUUUGUACAACAUUUGGAUCUUCAAUAUAGCUCAUUUUUAAAUGAUGAUCAUGUCGCAGAGUUGUCUUCAUUUCUUCGUUAUUUGGCGUCUAUAAACCUUAGUGAGUGUAGUAUGCUCACUGAAUCAUCAUUAUUUGCACUCGUUAGGAAUUGUCGUUUCCUAAAUGAGAUCAGAAUGGAAUAUACAAGUAUUGGAAAUUUGUGUGAAGAGAAUCAUGGUUUUGUUGUGAACACUCAAGUGAAGUCUCUCCAUUUGGCACACAAUUCAUUGAUGAAGAUAGAAAACAUCAAAAAAUUUGCUUCCAUUUGCCCAAACUUGCGGGUGCUUGACAUGAGUUAUUGCUUUCGCAUAUCUGAAGGUAUUGUUGAAGUUUUAAGACGUUGGCAAAUUAUGGAUUUGAUUUUGAACUUGGCAUCAUGUCCAAGAAUAAAUCUACUUGGGACAAACUUUCAAUUUACCAAAUUGGAGGUGUUGAAUUUGUCAAAUUCAGAAGUUGAUAAUAAAACACUACAUGUUAUCUCAAAGAGUUGUUGUCGACUACUACAACUGGACUUGGAACAUUGUUAUCAUAUCACUGACAAGGGAGUAAGAAAAGCAAUAUUAAACUUCUCACAAAUUAGAGAGAUAAAUUUGCGGCAUUGUCAUAGCGUGGAUCCUAAUGUUGAUUCUUGGACGACGAUUGUACUUUCAAGGCCAUCAUUGAGAAAGAUAAUGACUCCUCGUAUAUUUCCUAGUUGCAAGAAAUGGAAACCCGCGUUGGAUCAUGGAUGUCUUGUUUGUUAG